CAUGUAAACAACGCAGAAAGCUGUCGUUGCCAAGUUUCGAAACAUUGUUAUAGGCGAGUGGCGCACACUUAUAUAUUAUUAUUUUGCGAUCUGUAUGUUUCUUGUCAUCCGAAUCUCAGAAUGGAAAACAAAGAACUAUUUCUUCAAUGUAAGAAAGGAGACUUAGAAAAAGUUCUUAAUAGAGCAGCGAGAUGUAGACGUGAACAUCCGAGAUAAAUGGGAUAGUACCCCUCUAUAUUAUGCGUGUUUAUGUGGACACCAACCAAUAGUGGAAUAUCUUAUUGGCGUCGGAGCAAGAUGCGAAGCAAAUACAUUUGAUGGAGAACGAUGUUUAUACGGAGCGCUAACUGAUGAUAUUCGACGCAUCUUAACACAACAUAAUUUAGUAACAACACACACCAUUAGAAGGGACGCCUAUGAUGAAUUUUUAAGAAGAAAUGGGCAAGCACGGUUUAGUGAAGGUCACCAUGGUCGUCGUGGAACCAGAUGCCUCGUGUGGCCUGGGGUCGAGGGGUGGCGGCCGACCUGCGAGAACUGACGCAGUCCACCCUACCCCCUGCCCUGCGCUUCUGGCCGACCGAGAUGCCCUUCUGUCACACGGACUUCGAGCCGGACUACGCCGACGUCUGCUUCAUGGUGGAAGGGCAGCCGUUCAUGUGUCACAAGAUGUUCUUCUGUCUCCGAAGUGAAUACUUCAGAGCUCUCUUACGGGAUCACUUCCAUGAAGCGGACUGGUGUAAUUCCUCUGGCAGUCAAAUUCCUACAGUCACGCUUCACAAUAUAUCUGCAGAGGUGUUUGCCAUCCUUGUACACUACCUAUACUGCAAUCAGACUAAUGUUUCAUUAGAGAAUGCAAUGGAUGUCAUGGUUGCAGCAGACAUGUUACUGGUGCCAGGGUUGACUCGACAGUGUGGGGUGUUCCUGGGGACGCAGCUUCAGAUCGAGAAUGUUAUUACAGUUCUCCGAUUAGCACGAAUGUUCCAGCUUCCACGCCUGGAGGAUCAGUGUGUUGCUUUUAUGGCCAAAAAUCUUGAUCAGGUGCUGGAACUCCAAGAGCUACAUGAUCUAGUGCUAGCUGAUGCAGCAGAGGUACAGGGACGACAGGAAACAGACACAGUCACCAUUGUGGAUGAACUGCGGUACCACAUCUCAUCAGCGGUGCAGAGCACAUCUGAAAUCUAUGAAGCAAGGACAAAGCUUGAAUCUUUGGAAGCUCUCUUAGAAGAUUUGGGCAUUGAGGCUUAAGUUUUGAUUAAGCUGUAAUGGUCUUCUGCUCAAACAGGCAGUUUGGCCAUUGAAUUACGUGAGCUAGCAUUUUGACACCAGUUCGACCAUCCCUAGCAAGGAUAGUUCUGUAUUUAUUCCAUCAUAUGGUGGGAGUUGGAUUUUUUUCUUAAAGAAAUAGCCUUACAGAUAGAUUAUUUAGCCGUGGCAGAUAAGGGUAUCAGAAUUUUGAUGCUGCUUAUACCGUAAGCUUUCUCUUGUUCAUAAUAAUGACAUUAUGAUUUGUCAUUCAUGCUGUAUAUCUUUUCAGAUCAUUUUCCUAGAUGAAUAUGUGAUAGUGUAGAAGAGUAGGAAAUGUGUAACAAUAAUCCAUUUUGCUCGUCGUGGCCUAUAUGGGUCUUUUGACAGUUAGGAAAGCAGAUUCUUUUAUGAUCACCAAAUUUAAACUCCUCUUAUCCAUCUUUAAUUAAUUUUUAUAUGGUCUGAUGACUUGAGGGGACUGCCCCAAGUUUUUUUUUUUAUUAUUAUUCAAUUAUUUCUUUUCAAAUAAUCUCCUUUCUUCUCUCUGUCUCUCUCAACAUAUACUCUUAUUUGCUCACUUACACUCAUAAACAGAAAAUAGAAAUCUUGAUAAAAUUAUAAAUUUCUUUUCAUUGUAAUUUUUUGCAGCUGCAUUUUCGGGUGUUAGAGUAUUCAACAUUUUGAACUUUUGCCAUUUACAUUUGCAGCUUCGUACAUAUUAGGGCAAAGCGACAAAGGGAAGAUUUUGGGCUGAGAUUGUUGCUCUAUGUUUUAAUUUUUUAGAAACAAAAAACAAAGAAAUAUAUAAAUUGCCUUACUUCAUCAUGCAAAACACCUGACCAGAGAAUAGGAGAGGGAGGUGAUCAGGUGUUGACGAAACUUAUAACAAAAUUCACAUCAGCCCAAAUGUAUUUUUAAAAUGUAGAAACUUAUGCUGCUGUGUUUUUACUCCCAUCAAGUCAAUUGGAAUUUGCUUGUUUUUCCUGUCACUCUUUUUCUUUUCUUUCUUACUUUCUUUUUUUUCUAAACAAAAGAAGAGUUGCGUUGCAUCAUAUUUUAUUACAAUUUCUUUUCUUUUCAUAACCAAAGAUUAUUUGCACACUGUGGCCUCCACUGACAUAUUUCAAGCAGUUACAUUUCUUACAAACAAUAAAUGAGCAGUAUCAUUAUGCAAUGUGAUGUGUGCAGUGAAAAAGUAAAAGUAAAUAUGUGAGUUUA